ACCCACUGCAACAAGAAAAAUCAUUUUAAAUGGCUUGAGGUGGAGAAGCCCAAUAACGGGCUCCGAUGCUGCGCUGUUCCGCCUCUCUCGCUGUCAUCACUAAGCCGAGUCGUGUUAUGAUGACAACAAGAAUAUUCAGCCGCGGGAAGGAAAAUAUCUGAGUCUUUAACCCUGCCUUUUUUGUUUAUUUCCACGCAAUAGCUCGAUUAGCUUAUUGCCAGCGCAUUCCCGGUCCUCUUCUUCCUCCAGCUCCCAGUUUGCCGCCUACCGACUGCUGCAACCUGACAACAGCUGCAGUCACCGGCAAGAUGCUACUACCACACUCCGGUCUGCUUAUCGGCGUUCUCUGGAUUGUCAUCUUCAGUCCUGCUGAUGUGAAAUGUCUGAACGGCGAAGAAGAUCAGUCUCAAGACAUGGAGUGCAAAAUGAAAAGCGUUACGGUAUCCGCUUUGCCGUUUUUGCGAGAGAACGACAUAAGUAUCAUGCACAGCCCGUCGGCCUCCGAGCCCAAGCUGCUAUUCUCAGUCAGGAACGAUUUUCCGGGCGAGAUAGUCGUCGUUGACGAUUUGGAAAAUACCGAGCUUCCGUACUUCGUAUUGGAGAUCUCUGGGAACUCUGAAGACAUCCCAUUGGUGCGCUGGAGGCAGCAGUGGUUGGAAAAUGGUACUUUGCUCUUCCACAUCCACCAUCAGGACGGCAGUCAGAACCUGCCUGGCCCGGCCGCCACGUCUUACCCCGCUAGUGAUUCCGCCGAGGAGGAGCUGCGUAUCCUGCACAUCUCUGUCAUGGGUGGUAUGAUUGCUCUUCUGUUGUCCAUCCUGUGCUUGGUGUUGAUCCUGUACACUCGUAGACGCUGGUGUAAACGUCGCCGUGUACCUCAGCCUCAAAAGAGCGCUAGUGCUGAAGCAGCCAAUGAGAUUCACUACAUCCCCUCUGUGCUGAUGGGUGGACAGGCCCGGGAAAGUUUGAGAAAUUCGCGCGGGCAGGGUCACAAUUCAAGUGGCACCCUCAGCAUCCGUGAGACUCCGAUCCUGGAUGGGUAUGAAUAUGACAUUACAGACCUACGCCACCACCUGCAGCGGGAGUGCAUGAAUGGGGGUGAGGACUACACCAGUCAGGUGACACGUACGCUGGACUCACUUCAAGGGUGCAAUGACAAAGCUGGCAUGGAUCUCACUCCAGGAAACGAUAGUACGAAACUGUCCCUAAUGAGCAAGUACAAGGAUAACAUCAUAGCUACCAGUCCUGUCAACAGCAACCACCAGCAAAACACGCUCCUCCCACACAACACCUCCACCAACCAGCGCAAGCGUCUGUCCAGCAAAAUGCACGCGGGUUCAACUUUCCUGAACCCGGAUGGGGACUCUGGGACGGAGGCGGACAGUGAGCCGCAGCUGACCUUCUACACUGACCCAAACCGCAGCCGCCGUCGCAGUCGAGGUUCCCCACGGAGCCCUAUCAACAAGACCACCCUGACUUUGAUCAGCGUGGUGAGUUGUCUGAUCGGCCUGGUCUGCGCGUCUCACCUUUCCUGUAGCAUCAACGUCAGAGUCAUACUCCACGUUCCAGAGCACCUCAUUGCAGACGGCUCUAGAUUCGUUCUGCUUCAGGGCAGCCAGUUGGACGCAUCUGAUUGGCUGAACCCAGCCCAAGUGCUGCUGUACUACCAGCAGAAUGCCAGUGGCCCCUGGGUCAAUGAUCUAUGUGGUCGCCGUCUCUUGGACCCCUGUGAGCACCAAUGUGACCCAGAUACAGGAGAAUGUCUCUGUUUCGAUGGCUACAUGAAGGACCCUGUUCAUAAGCAUCUAUGUAUUCGCAAUGAAUGGGGCCCAAAUCAGGGCCCAUGGCCCUACACAAUUUUCCAACGUGGUUUUGACUUGGUGAUGGGAGAGCAGCCAUCUGAUCGCAUUUUUAGAUUCACAUACACUCUUGGAGAAGGCAUGUGGCUGCCACUUAGCAAAAGCUUUGUCAUUCCUCCAGCUGAGCUGGCCAUCAACCCCUCUGCUAAGUGCAAGACAGAUAUGACUGUCAUGGAGGACGCAGUGGAUGUCAGGGAGGAGCUGAUGAUUUCUUCAUCCUUCGACAGUCUGGAAGUGCUGCUCGACUCUUUCGGCCCAGUGCGCGACUGUUCAAAAGACAAUGGAGGCUGCAGCCGAAAUUUCCGUUGCAUCUCUGAUCGCAAACUGGACUCCACUGGCUGUGUGUGUUACUAG